AUGGAAAAAACGCGCCGAAGUUUCAGGGCAUCGUCCCAGAAGUGGAUGGCCGUGUGCAUGUGUGGAGUGGUGCUGCUCUGCAGCGGACUAGGUUUUGGAGAAAAAUAUUCGGAAGCGCUUCUGCGCACUCAUUUGCGACAGGUGAGCGAACCGACAGUUGAGGCGGAUCCUGAUGCCAUAUGCGAAGUAUCAAACCAGGUAACCGUCAAUCAAAAACCUGUCACGGUAACACUGUCAAAAAACAAACUAGGCGCUUCAUUACAUUGCACAGGAGGUGAUAACUUAGUCGUGCCAGGGGAACAGGGCAAGGUCUGUUCUGCACAACGGGAUGAGGCGACAGUGGAUGAGUGCAAAAACAGCGCGAAAAGCCAAUCACUGAAGCAGGUGGCUCUGGAAGCUCUCCUUGACUCUAGCUCUAUUGCUGUGAUGAAGAAAGAGCUCAAAGAAGGGCUCGAAAACAAGGGCGAGGCGUGGACUUUGCACCUACAAGCAGAGCAACUCCCUCUGUCAGACAAGUCGUUCUUCAUCGGUUGCCAGAAGAAGACCGGCGGAGAGGCAACCAACUGUAAGGUUACAAUAAAGGUGGAGGCCAGGGACUCUUCUGUUCACAGUAACUCUGUCACGUGCGCGUAUGGGACGAAGAGCAAUGGAGCGAGCCCGUUGCAGGUUGAGAUGACUGAAGAGCACAACACGUUGAAACUAGACUGCGGACCCACCGGCUCCAUUCAGCCCACCUCCUACGAAUCAACUUACUGUGAAGAUCCCGAUAUGAAGACGUGUGGAAAACCGUACACGAAGAUACUUCCCGCUUUCGAAGGGAGGUGGUGGACCAAGGCGAAAGAGGGAAGCGGCACGGUUGAGCUGAAGAUCCCCGCAUCCAGUUUUCCUACCGAGGACAGAACGUUUUAUAUUGGCUGUACUCCAAAGGACGCGGGGCUAUACCCUCCGUCUCGUUCGGUGACACAGUCCACUGGGCAGUCAGUGACAAGUUCAUCUUGCACGGUCAUGGUGACUGUGAAGGCAGCGAGCGCUUCAUCGAGGGCGAUGAACCGUGCGACUAUCAUUGCUGCAGUGGCUGGUGCUGCCAGCCUCUCCGGGGGCUUUGCAGCAUAUGCCUAG